AACUUGCUGCCUGACAAGGUAUCUGUUGAUAACGUUACGAGACACGAGGAUAUUUUGCCGGUUAAACAUUGUGAUGUUGCGAUUCAAGUUGAAAGUGAUUAUCUAACUCUCAAAUUAUCAAGUAAAAUAAAAACUGAUAAAAGUACGUUAACUGGAUUAUCUAAUUUUAGUAUUUUAUUUACAAUUGAGAAAUUAAUCAUCCAAGUAUAA